GCUGCGCGCGGCCCGCGGGCCUCGUCGCCCGCGCGGAUCGCCGCGGCCCGGCCGUCCCGUCCCAGGAAGUGGCCGUCCUGACCGCCAUGGCUCACUCCCCGGUGCAGUCGGGCCUGCCCGGCAUGCAGAACCUAAAAGCAGAUCCCGAAGAGCUUUUUACCAAACUGGAGAAAAUCGGGAAGGGCUCCUUCGGCGAGGUGUUCAAAGGCAUUGACAAUCGGACUCAGAAAGUGGUCGCCAUAAAAAUCAUUGACCUGGAGGAGGCAGAAGAUGAGAUCGAGGACAUUCAGCAGGAAAUCACAGUGCUGAGUCAGUGCGACAGUCCCUACGUAACCAAAUAUUAUGGAUCCUACCUGAAGGACACUAAAUUGUGGAUAAUAAUGGAGUAUCUUGGCGGGGGCUCUGCACUGGACCUUUUAGAACCUGGCCCUUUAGAUGAAACCCAGAUUGCUACUAUAUUAAGAGAAAUACUGAAAGGACUUGAUUAUUUGCAUUCAGAGAAGAAAAUUCACAGAGAUAUUAAAGCUGCCAACGUCCUGCUCUCUGAACACGGGGAGGUGAAGCUGGCGGACUUUGGAGUGGCGGGCCAGCUGACAGACACCCAGAUAAAGAGAAACACCUUCGUGGGCACCCCUUUCUGGAUGGCGCCCGAGGUCAUCAAGCAGUCAGCCUACGACUCAAAGGCGGACAUCUGGUCCCUGGGCAUCACGGCCAUCGAGCUUGCCAAGGGGGAGCCGCCGCAUUCCGAGCUGCAUCCCAUGAAGGUCCUAUUCCUUAUCCCAAAGAACAACCCCCCGACGCUGGAAGGGAACUACAGCAAACCCCUCAAGGAGUUCGUGGAGGCCUGUUUGAACAAGGAGCCGAGCUUUAGACCCACCGCUAAGGAGUUACUGAAGCACAAGUUCAUAAUCCGCAAUGCAAAGAAAACUUCCUACUUGACCGAGCUCAUCGACAGGUACAAGAGGUGGAAGGCCGAGCAGAGCCAUGAAGACUCCAGCUCGGAAGACUCCGACACGGAGACAGACACAGACGGCCAGGCUUCUGGAGGCAGCGACUCGGGGGACUGGAUCUUCACGAUCCGGGAGAAGGAUCCAAAGAGUCUGGAGAACGGAGCUCUCCAGCCAUCGGAUCUGGAAAGAAACAAGAUGAAAGACAUCCCAAAGAGGCCUUUCUCUCAGUGUUUAUCUACAAUUAUUUCUCCGCUCUUUGCAGAGCUGAAGGAGAAGAGCCAGGCGUGCGGCGGAAACCUGGGCUCCAUCGAGGAGCUGCGCGGGGCCAUCUACCUGGCGGAGGAGGCCUGCCCCGGCAUCUCGGACACCAUGGUGGCCCAGCUGGUGCAGCGGCUGCAGAGAUAUUCUCUAAGUGGUGGAGGAACUUCAUCCCAUUGAAAUCCUUUUGGCAUUUGGGGUUUUGUUUUUCCUUUUAUUUUUUUCCUUCUUCACCCUCUUCCUUUUCAAAACUCAACGAGAGCCUUUGCUGACUCCGCUGAAGAGGCGCACCAUCAGGGGCCCGUUCCCGCCACAGGGUCACCUGUCCAGGGCCCCACAGCCCGUCUCUGCUGGCCUGGGGCCUGAUGGACUCCCGGAUGGGGUGGGGGAAGGCCAGCUCCUCCAAGCGAUUAUUUUAUUAUUCUCGUUUUUAAUUUUAACCAUAGUGCACAUAUCAAGGAGAGUGUCUUUGAAAACAAAAAUAAACCCUGAAAUGUAUAUCUGGGAUUAUGAUAAGGCGACUGAAGAAAUGAAACCUCAGGUAUCCUGCUUUACGUUGAUAAGCACCCCCCGCCCCCCCCCCUCACCCCCCCACCCCAGGAGACGGAGAAAUCGCUCUGGUGGAUCAGUGUACAGACUUGUAAAUAGUGUCAUUUUUACGGAAACCCUCUCGGCGUGCAUAGGAAUCACUGUGUACACAUCGGCCAAGUGCUUCUGUAGAUACCGUCAGUGGAGUGAAUAUUUGACAGGCCAUAACUUGUCUAUUGCCCUGCCUUUAUUACAUGUAAAUUUUGAAUUAUGUGACCAGUGAUUUGGGUUUUAUUUUGUAUCUGCAGGAUUUGCCAUUAAUAAUUAAAUGCCCCUCUUCGGGAACACUCCCUCUGUUUGUACCUCAGCAAAUGCAGAUUUUUUUUUCCCUCCUGCGUGCCCUAAGACCCCUUCGGUACACUUAGAAGUUGAUUUUCCUGUUUUCAUUGAUGGUACUAUUUCUUAAGUGUUUUAAAUGGAAACAUAUCGCGCCUCAUGAAGCUUUAAGUUAUUUCAAGUUUCUCCCCGAUAAAGCGUCCUUGUCUCACUUUGGCUGGAGUCGCGCCCGGCCCGUGUCCCGCCGCACCAGCCAGCCCAUCCUCCCAGGAGGGCUUUCUGUUGCAUCUUGUAGUGAAACCUGCAUAUCAUCUUUUGAAACCUCAACAUGUCUGAAUGCUUUCACGAAUAAAUUUUAUAACAGGAUUUUUGCACACUCUCCUUGGAACGUGACUCUUUAAGAGGGGGCAGUGUAGCUGCCAUGUGUGUGUGGGUGUGUGUGUGUGUGUGCGCGUGCGUGCACCGAUGAGGCUCCAGGAAGACGUGCCCACAUUCAAGCUACGGAAAUGUCCAAGUCAGCUCUCUAUGAGACUUUAAAAAAUGGCCCUCUGAAGAGAUGGGUGACUACUGCUGGUUGGUAAAACUGUUCCGUCUUCCGAGUCGUUUGCUUUUUUCCUUAAAGGAGCGGGUGUCUAUCAGUCAGCCAGCCAGGGGUCAGCCAGGUGUCUGUACUUUUCUCAGCCCGUGGCAGGGGUCUCUGGGAUGGGAAGUUGAGUUCUGGCCACGAUCCUUGACCAAUCUGAGUUAUAUGUGACUUUCUUGUUUGUUGAGAUGAGUCGUAGUCGACUCUUGCUGGAGUCGACUUGAGUUGGAAUCCAAGGCUUUUUGGAAGGAGGGAGGUUACUGGGUAAACUUGAGGACAGGUCAGUUAUCUGCAGGCCCAGUGUCCUGGAAGUCACCGGGAGAGACUUCUGAGGCGUGCUUCUUGUUUGUUCGGUAAUAGAACGGAGCUAGUUUUUAAAACUCGAAAAUUGUCAUGACUUUUUAAUUAAAAGUAGAUUUGGGUUGUUGUUGAUUUCUGUAAGGGAUACAUUUUGGUUAGGAGACAUAGAACCAAAUUGCGACUUCUCCUCACGCAAAUAUGUUAAACAGGAAGAAUUGAGAGGAUUUUGUUUAGUGUUUUGGAGAGUGGUAUGAGGGGGCUGGCUGUUUCCCUACAUGAGGCAUAAGCCACAGGUGAGUUUCGUUCGCGGGUGGAGAAAAGUAUCAGAGGACGGAGCCGUGUUCCCUCGGGGAUGUGCCGCUCAGCUGGUCUCGAGAGCCUCGUCACAGCAGCUUUCUGACCUCAAGUUCUUCAGACCUGCACGUGGACAGUGGUUUCAAGACCAGACGCUGGUGUGAGAUGGUGACGCUGAUGGGUGGACAGGACUCUGGGCUCGGCGAGGUGGUGUGACCGAUUAGCAGUCACUGGUGCGCAGCAAUGCACAUCUCCCAGGGCAAGCGGCCGACUGCUUUGUGAUUUGGUUGGAAAUAUCUUGUUGAUGGCCGCCUCGAGGGGGGGGGAAGGUGUGCUUUGACCGGCUUUGGAAAGUGGGUCCCCUUCCCCUGUGCAUUCUCCGGCUUGCUUCCGGUAGACAGAGCAUCUUGCCGAGGUCAGGGGGCUACCGUUGGCCCAUGUCAGGUCCUUUGUUAAAAGACAGACCAGGCACCAGAGUUCCAGCAGGACCCCCUCGGGCCUGUAAAUGGCAGGUGGUGUUCAGCCAGAGCUGUGAGCUCAGCACUCGAGGUGCAUCGAGCGCCAUGCUGGAGCCUCUGGCUGGUGAACCCCGGCAGCCAGCAGCCUGUCUGCCCGCAUUGCAGACGGCAGGGGCACCCACGGGGAAGCACAGCCGGCCUUUUUGGGAGUGGAGGCGGUGGGCCGGCCGUGGCUGGUGGCUUACACUUUCAAAGUCGUGUCUUCCGCACGGGCUGCACCACUGCAGUCUGGGGGCCUCGACACCAUAAUAACCCUGGGGUUGCCUUGCUGUAACCCAGUGCUGCCCACCUUCCCGAUCUGACGGUUUUGUUCUCCGAUGGGUCUUUUGAAGCAUUUUGUUCGGUUCUUUAUGCGGCAUUUUGUACCUUUUCGGCAAAACAUGCGGUCUAUUUAUAAGCAUUUUUAUAUUUUUCCUUCCUUAAAAAAACAUGGCUUCUGUAUUUCUGCUAUAAAAUAAUGGCAAUAACUGGGGAGUGCUGCUGCAAGGCGUGUUCUUAAGCACCAGGUCUGUAUCAUGCAAAGG